AUGCUCAACCCCACCGAGCAAGAGCUUGUACACAUUGCUCAUCAUACGUUAUGUGUAGAAGGAAGAAGUUACGCUGUUUUCCCAAGGUCCGAUAAAGAAACUGGCCCGCAUACAUCAAACCCUUUCAUUAUGCGAAAAAAGUAUUUUUCAUCCACACGUAAUUGUAGACAUAAGCAAUACGAGAGAAAAGCUGGUCCAAAUUUCGAACGCCAUGAAGGUUCCAAACGAAGCGGACAUCCAAGUUAUUUCAAAGCCAAAUUUGAUGUACCCGUCUUUUUUAUCGCCCAACAUGUAGGAAUGAAGCUUCAGGCUUCCUGUUGCCUUGAAUUGUGGUCCAUUUGCAGCGCCAUCAAAGAAAAACAUUCCGACCAGAUUUGGAGACCCUAUUUACAACCGAGCUUUCGAAGGCUACGGACCAACACCCAAAGCUGCAUUCAAGGCUCGGAAAUUCCCAAAAAAGGUAACAUCGAUCGCUUUCUUUUAGCCAAGAAGCCUCGAUGGUGCAUAUCGACUGCGAAGGUAAUGCGAAUGCAAUGGCUAAUGCAAGAAUACGUGAUUUCGGAGCACAAUUCCAAAUUUUUGUCUUUGAUUGCCAAAAUCAUUACAACUUGCACGCUACAAGGAAGGGUGGAAAAGAUUUCAAAGGACAUCCUUCUAAGAAGCAUCGGAUACUUUUCGUCUUAUCUUGCCAUUAGAAGCUCUUUUGCAAGGCUGGAAAUUGAUUUUUACAAAAAGCUGCUUCCCGACGCGACAAAGUCUUUCAUUUCGGUGCUCAAAUUGAUCAUUGCCAUUGUGAAGAUUCCCAUUUUGGAUAAGCUUCUUCGCGAAUUUGAGGAGCAUUGCAAAGAGCUCAUUUUAAGUAAGCAUAUAAAGCACUUGUCGGAUCUUUCCAAUACGCCGCCGCCAUUUUUGGCGCCAAAUUGCAAGCUGCCCGAAGCUCUGAAAACCGUUUUCAACGACUUUCUCGGUAUGGCCAUUUAUGCAUCCACCAUCGACUGCAUCGAGCUUUAUGAUAAAAGAACCCCGCCUUCUUGGAUUCACUUUAGUACCAUUUUCAACGACCAUUUGAAGAAACUGCGGAAUUCCGAAAGAUUGACCAUUGACUUGUACACCAAUGCGUCGUAUUGUCCGCUAAAGAAGCCAAUCCAGCGGGCGCUGUUGCGCUUGAAUUGCAUCACAUAUCUUUCGGAUGUAUUUUUUGAGGAUCUCUCCUUGCUUCUUUAUAAGGACACCAGGAACGAAUGCCAGGUGCUUGCGAUUUUCAGAAAAUCGCUGCAAAGCAAAUUGGCCGCCGUUACCGAGAACGCAAUAUCAACGUAG